ACGGUGCGAGGGAGCACUCAGACGGCCGGGAGCCUGGACCACCACGGAACAACCGCGAAGAUGUACAACGGGGCGACGGGGAAGGCCGCGCGGAACGUGCUGCGGAGCUCGAGUAUAAGCGGGGAGAUGUACGACAUGGAGAAGAACACCAGCGGGGGGCAGGAGCCUGCCACUGACACCGCCAUUAGGAAGAGGCGCUCCAGCCUCGGCGCCAAGAUGGUGGCCAUCGUUGGGUUGUCCCAGUGGAGCAAGAGCACGACUCAGCUCAACCAGACCACUCCCAAGAAUAUCUCAGCCAUCCUGUGCCAGGGCGUCGUAGGACAUUGGCUAGCACCCAUGAUCUCCUCCCGUGAGGCGGCUACAAAGAAACUGCGAAGCAACAUACGGAGAAGCACGGAGACAGGGAUAGCCGUGGAAAUGCGAAACCGGGUGACCCGGCAGGGCAGCAGGGAAUCGACGGACGGCAGCACCAACAGCAACAGCUCUGAUGGCAACCUGGUAUUCCCCAUGGCGAGACUGGGAGCAGACGGGCAGUUCAGUGAUUUUCUGGAUGGGAUUGGUCCGGCUCAGCUGGUGGGCCGGCAGACCCUGGCAGCCCCGUCGAUGGGCGACAUUCACAUUGGCAUGGCUGAUCGGAAUGGGCAGCUGGAGGUGGAAAUUACCCAAGCCCGGGGACUGACCCCCAAGCCUGGCACAAAGGCUUUGCCAGUCCCGUACAUUAAAGUCUACCUCCUGGAGAAUGGCAUGUGUAUUGCAAAGAGAAAAACCAAGUUAUCGAAGAAGACUUUGGACCCAGUUUACCAGCAGGCACUGCUGUUCGAUGAGGGUCCUCAAGGUCGGGUACUGCAGGUCAUAGUGUGGGGAGAUUAUGGUCGGAUGGACCACAAGUACUUCAUGGGAAUGGCCCAGAUCCUGCUGGAGGAACUCGACCUGUCCACCCUAGUCACGGGGUGGUACAAGCUCUUCCCCACAUCGUCCCUGGUCGAUUCCACGGUGGCACCCAUCACCCGUCGUCUCUCUCAGUCCUCGCUCGACAGCAGCACAAGUCCAGCCGGCCAGUAAAGGUCUUCAUGGACAGGACAAGGAGCAUAUCAUUAGAAUGCCAAGGGGUGGCUGUAAAUACUGUAUGUGCAAUUUGACCAACUGCUGCUAAUGCUAAUCUGUUAUUUUAUUUAUUUUCAAUUACCUUGGAAGUAUAAGUAAUCUCCGCAUCCUGUGCAUUCAUUUACAUGUUUGGGGAAAUUGCUUUUGUAUGCAUAAGGGAUAACGUGCAAUAGAGGGAGAACUUCUCACCACAGUUUAAGUACAAGCCUUCCUUUUCAUGAGAGCAAUGCACACAUUAGAACGUGAGGAACCUGUCAACAGUUGGAAGGAUGGUCCAAGCGGAGGCUGGAGAUCCAGAUGACCAGCACCAUCGGGGUCUGUCGAUGAGUGGAUGCCUUGACUCAUUCCUUCCUCACCGUGUCGCACCUUGCUGGCACAGAGCCCGAACUAGGAGAAACCAGCCUUCAGCUCUACUCAUAAGACUAUUGUGCAUUUGCUUCAGUUGAAUGCAUUUGGAAUGUUUCCGUGAAGGUUCUCCCUCAGCAGUGAUGGAAGGCGUCAGCAGCGAGGAAAGCCUGCUGACCCUUCUCACCAUGACAGUAUUCCUCCUUGAAACCUGCAUCGUCUGAAGGAACAAUCCCACGAUCCUGUCUCUGCCUUACCAAGUGUCUCUGAGCAUGAGCACCCUCCUUUCAGAAUGAGGUUUGAGAAGGCAUGCCGAACACUUCUACAACCUUUGCAUAGACAACCUGACCUUCAGCACCCUGAGCCUUGGUAGGCAGCUCCAUCCCACCAUUCCGCACUUCCCGCAGUAAACACACUGCUUACUCCAUGCACUGAGAUCUCAGUGAAGCAAACAUUGGCUGGUCUGGGACCUCCUGCAUAGUCCAAACCAGCCUAAAAAAAAUAAUCUCUUCUACGUAACACAUUCCUUCACAUGUCCAUCCACUGCAUCCUAGAAAAUAAAAAAAAUCGAGACACCUGCAUGCUUUGACCAUCUUUAAAACUUUGUUGACUUCAAAAGAAUACAUCCUAUAAUAGUUCUAGGAACAUAGAACUCUGACAAUGGAUUUUGGCAACAGGCGGCAAAGAAACCAGAAGGGCUACUGUUUUAUUUUUCUUCAAUGAGCUGCACUGUGGGCCUUGGAUCCAAACAAUCUCCCAAACCAUCUGUCAAACUUGGGAAUAUCACGUGGCACUGUCUGUUCAAAAUUUACUGAAGCCAGCCUUGUUUUAAGAAGGGUGAAAGUUCCAACAGAGAGGGAAGGCACCUCUCCAACUGUCGACCAGGUCCAGUCACUCAGCGGGGGGGACCAGGCCACAAAAUGAGCCAUUGCACGAUCCCGAUGAAUAACGGCUCUGGGCCGGAGAAAGUAAAAACUCACAUCAGCCAAUUGUUAAACAGAUUCCACAACAGUCUCGCUUUUCUCAAUCUUGAUGACAGGAGCAUGUUGGAGUGUUGACUGGGACCCAACACUGGAACACACCACAGGCAGAGGAUUUCACAGCAUCCUAGCCGGGCAGUUAGACAUUUCACCUAUCCCAGUCUUUCAGCAAGACCUGGGCCUAAAUGUGGCCAAUGGCUGUUAACUUUCACCAUCUGCCAACCUUAACCAAGCAAGGAACAAUAAUGACUCAUGGUCGAUUUCAGAGGAUUCUAACAUAAAGCAAAAAGACUUUGUUUAUCCACCGAUUAUAUUUAAAAAAAAACUGGAAAAAGGCAGAAUAUAUCAAAAGGCAAGCACUUUAUGGUUAUGUAGCUGCUCAGUAGCCUACUGUGUAAAUCCAUGAAGAACUUGAAUGGUAUCACAGGUGAGGAACCCAAGGAUCUAAAGAUCCAUCCUUCCCAUCCUCCCUCUUCACGUUCAAGAUCCCAUGGACACAGAGGCUCGAUAAUGGGCUGAUUGUUAAGGUGUGAUUAAAUGUGAUAUUUUGUGUAAUUCUGGCAAAAAUGUAGCACUGUCACUCACAUAGCUGCGAUCCUACUGUUUCCUCAUCAUUGCAAAAAAGCACAGCCAACUUCAUGUUGAUUCUUGCAUCUACAACACAUGAAGAGAUGAAAGGUUUUCUGCAUGUGACAUGAACCAUUGGCGGUCUCUCAGUGGACCCUAAUGAAGUCCCAUAUUAUUGGACAGUUGAAGAAAGUCGAGGUGGGGAAUGGUUCCCAUUAUCUGGAUUACCUGCGCUGAAGUGCUCCAUCUUAGCUGGGUGGAAAAUUCAGUCACUGAAGGAAGAUGGCAUUCUUCGGCUGAAAAGAUGUUCCUGGUAUUAACACGUUGAUGGGAAUUAUUCCUUACCUAACGCAUGGAAGCUGUUUUAUGGAUUUCUCUCUGUAGCAAGGCUGGGACUGCAAAACUAUUCUGUAUGAGGACAGAGAUGGGUUUUUAAACAAGAACUUUAUGCAGUUUUACCAUCAAAUUGAGAUCCAACACAUCGGAUGACUUACUGUAAAAGGGCAUUUCCUUCUGUAUAAGUAACGUGGUUCUACUAUGAAACUGUCAGAGGUCACAUCAUUGGUUUAAUAUAAUAAUUAAUAACUUGUCUUGUAAAGUUUGGUCAGAUUAUGAUGCACCUAUUGUUAGCCUUGACUGCACUGUCUUUGUGGAGUAUAUAAAGUGCAUCAAGCAUUUCAGUAUUGUAUAAAAAUGUGACAUUUUCAAUCAGAAUGCUAACCAAUAAAGAGACCAUUUUUUGGAAGCCUGUCAUAAUGCAUGAAAUACAAAUGUACACAUGCUGGGAUACUUUCCGGCUUUACAGAAUUCCCUUCACCAACUCCAAAUUCCUCAGCUAACUCUCCCGAAGAUAAUAUAUUUGGACUAUUUCACAGUGAUGGAGAUUUCUCUCUCGAAAACAUCCCCACAAACAGACCCCUAUGCUGAGUUCUCCAUCCAACCCAGACCAAAGCUGAGCAGCUUCCCUUCGUGUCUCUAUAGUUUGAACAGUUUGUGACCAUUUGUUAAACUGUUCCCAUUCCCAUCAAAAUAAAAAGCCCAUCCUCACAGCUCCUCCUGCAAGUAAAAUCUUUGGGAGUAUUCAGUCCAGUAAGCUAGAAGGUCACGUUAUUUCUGGAGUGUGCACGUUACUUUCCACCCCCCAAUUAUUGGUGAGCUGUAGAUUUAGUCACGUAACCAGAGAGACUGCAUUCCUCCAUGUGUAGAACAUAAGGACGUGCAGCCUUUAUGAUGACAUCUCCUCUGUUGCACUCUGUCAGCCUUAGAUCGCAGAGGUACAAUGCUCUGAGAGGGGUGCGGCCCACAGAAUCUGCGUAGCCCAUCCAUUCCAUCUUCUUCUCCCCCCCCCCCCCC